CCCUUCACUAUAAAUUGCCAGAUCUGAGCCUGCUGUGGACAUUUGAUUUGUAAUCCGCAGUUUGAGAGUGUUUUUUUCUGCACAGAGGCUCACGGACGAAAAAACAUGAGGACUCUCGGGUGGAAUAUUCUUGUUUUAUCCUUUGCCUUAAUCGCUUCAGCUCAAGUAUCAAGGAAAGGGUGCUCGCGCCCACCGGAGUACCCGCACGCCAAACUAAGCGAGCAAUUUAUCGGCACGCAGGAGUUCUACAACAUGGACAAGGUUUAUUAUACCUGCGCCGAGGGCUUCACUAAACCCAAAGGGAGCCCAUGGUCGAGGUGUGACCGUGGAAAAUGGAGCCGAUUGGCUCUAAAAUGCCAAAGACAAUGCAGUGUCCCAGCAACCAUCCAGAACUCCAACGCCAACAUCGCAGACAGAUAUAUGAAAGAGACGUCUUUCCCUUCUGGCACGAAAGUUAGUUACGUGUGUGACAUCGGAUAUGUUGCAUCAGGCGGCUUCAGAGUUCGUAUGUGUAAGAAUGGAGAGUGGUCACCACUGCUGCUGAAAUGUGAAAGGAAGUCAUGUGGCUCUGCAGGAGAGAUUCCACAUGGACAGUUUACAUAUUCUGGAGUGCAGUUUGGAGACACUGCCACAGCUGCCUGUAAUGAGGGGUAUAGUCUGGUGGGACGGGCAACCAGAACUUGCACGAGUCAAGGCUGGGACGGACGUGUUCCUGCCUGUGAAGCGGUUGCGUGUGAUGAGCCUACAGGAGUGACGAAUGCAGAGAGGAUGGACCCUAACGAGCCUCCCUACACAUACAGGACUGUGAUUCGCUAUCGCUGUCGUGUGGGAUCCCUGACUGGACCAAGGGACAUUUGGUGCAAGGAGGAUGGAACAUGGAGUGGUCCUCCUCCUACAUGCACAGAAACGACAUGUCCAUAUCCAAAUGUCCCCAACGCCUCCUGGAUGGAAGCUCCUAACGGGCUGUAUCGAGAUGGAGACACUGUAACAAUCGAGUGCAAACAGGGCUACACAAUGACCGGCUGGAACUCUAUUACCUGUGAGCGUAAUGGCCAAUGGUCUGACCUCCCCAAAUGCACAAAGGCAGAGCCCACCUGCUCCACUCCUGUAGUGGCCAACGCUGUGAGCAGUGCUGGAGAUGUUUCUGUGCACCGGGUGGGAGAUUAUGUGAGCUUCACCUGCGGUAAGGGUUUCCAGCUGGAUGGAGCUCAGCAGAUCACUUGUGGUCCUGGUGGCCUGUGGCAGCCUCAGCCUCCUCGGUGCCUGACGGAGCCCAGUAAAGACGGGCAAUGCAGUGCCCCAGUAACCAUCCCCAACUCCAACGCCAACAUCGCAGACCAAUAUAUGAAAGAGACAUCUUUCGCUUCUGGGAGCCAAGUUAAUUAUGUAUGUGACAUGGGAUACGUUGCAUCAGGUGGCAGCAGAUAUCGCAAGUGUACCAAAGGACAGUGGUCCCCACUGCUGCUGAAAUGUGAAAGGAAGUCAUGUGGCUCUGCAGGAGAGAUUCCACAUGGACAGUUUACAUAUACUGGAGUGCAGUUUGGAGACACUGCCACAGCUGACUGUAGAGAGGGGUAUAGUCUUGUGGGACGGGCAACCAGAACUUGCACGAGUCAAGGCUGGGACGGACGUGUUCCUGCCUGUGAAGCGGUUGCGUGUGAUGAGCCUACAGGAGUGACGAAUGCAGAGAGGAUGGACCCUAACGAGCCUCCCUACACAUACAGGACUGUGAUUCGCUAUCGCUGUCGUGUGGGAUCCCUGACUGGACCAAGGGACAUUUGGUGCAAGGAGGAUGGAACAUGGAGUGGUCCUCCUCCUACAUGCACAGACCUGACGUGUCCACCUCCAAAUAUCCCCAACGCCUACUGGAUGGAAGCUCGUAACGGGGCAUAUCGAGAUGGAGACACUAUAUCAGUCGAGUGCAAAAGGGGCUACACAAUGACCGGCUGGAACUCUAUUACCUGUGAGCGUAAUGGCCAAUGGUCUGACCUCCCCAAAUGCACACGACGCUACACCAACUGGGGAUAUUAGUGAAAAUGUGAAGCUACAGUGUUCAAUUCAACCUGGUUGAACAGCAGUCAGAAGAGGAUGGAAAUAAUGGUCUCUUAAGCUUUAAAUUUCAUUUUAUGAAUAAAAUAAUAACCUUUACUAAUGCACUAAUAUAUUUUCUUACUUGUGUAAACUCAUUAUAGAGACAUUAAAAUAUGUUUGAAAUGAA